AUGGGCAAUUUACUUAGUAAAUUUAGACUCGGGUGCCGCCGCCGGCCCCGGCCAGGACCAGGGCGUGGCGCCGCCACUCCCCUGGCCCGGGACGCCUCCCCGCCCGGCCGGGCUCACUCCGCACCCACCCCGCGCCCUUUCCGCGGCCUGUUCCGCCGGAACGCCCGUCGCAGGCCUUCACCAGCCGGCAUCUUCGUCGCCCCUAAGAGGCCGUGUCCUCUCCCUCAGGCUGCGGCCGCCCCUCUGGGGGUCCUGCCGGCUGUGGGCUGGGGGCUGGCCACGAGGAAAACACCCAUGCUGCCUGCUCGGAACCCCCCGAGGUUUGGACACCCCAGUUCCGUAAGGAUCCCUCCUCCCAGCCGCGCGUUCACCCUCCUGCUGCCUUCACCACGUGAGCCAGCGGUCAAGGCCAGGAAGCCCAUCCCAGCCACUCUCCCGGAGGAGACCGAGGUGCAGGCCCAAGAAGGGCCCGGAAGAGUGAAGAAGGAUGAGGAUUCAGUGCAGAUCGAAGGGGAGGAUGACGAGAAAAGGACGCCCCUUAGCAGCGGAGAAGCAUCGUCCACAUCCAGGUCCCAGGGCACCCAGGGAGACGUGGCCUCCUUCAGAUGCAGCCCUGGGCCUCUGGAGGGAAAUGUCCACCACAAGUUCUCAGAAAACAACACGAGUGAGAAGGCCCAGGCGUCUCCAGCGAGCUCCUGCUUGGAAGGCCCUGCCAUGCCCAGCACACACAGCCAGGCCGGAUGUGCCCGGCAUCUUGGAAAGCCUGACCCGGAUGCAACAGCGCCCCCUGAGCCAGCAGUUGGCUGCUCCCUGCUGCCGCAGAAGUUGGCUGCGGACGUGCUGAAUGAAGAGCCACCACCCAGCUCUCUAGGCUUGCCGAUUCCGCUGAUGUCCGUAAAGAGGAUGCCUGAUGAGAAGCCUUUCGGUAUUCCUCCAACGAGCGCUGCUCCUCCCAGAGCUGCCUGCAACAGGCCCUGCAAAAGGAAAAUGUCGAUUCCACUGCUGCUGCCGCUGCCCCCUUCACUGCCAUUGCUGUGGGAUCGAGGUGAGCUUCCCCCACCUGCUAAGCUCCCCUGCCUGUCUGUUGAGGGAAACCUACAUACCUUGGAGAAGAGCCCUGAGUAUAAAAGGAAUAGCAGAAUCUUGAAGGAUAAAACAGAGACCAUGACAAACAGCAGCAUCACCCAGCCUGCCCCUUCUUUCUCCCCACCUGCGGAGACUACAGACUCCCUGCCCCUGACCACUUACACUUCCCAGGUCCAAGCUCCUUUGCCCAUCCCUGACUUGGCUGACCUGGCUACUGGACCCCUCAUCCUGCCUGUCCCUCCACUUUCCACCACACCAAAAAUGGAUGAGAAAAUAGCAUUCACAACCCCUAACUCUCGUCUGGCUCUUCCUGCUGACCUUGUUCCCAUUUUGGGUGAUCAAUCUAAUGGGAAAGGAGGCUCUUGUCAUUCAGUCGUAGGAGCAGCGCCUCUCACUUCUGACCCCCCAACACUUCCUAGCCCCACACCCUUCUUCAAGCCUCCUGUCACAAGGGAGUCCCCAAUAUCUAUGGAUUCCCCUCCUCCUCUUUCCUUUCUGACUCUUCUUCCAAUCCCUUCCACCAGGACCUCAGUUAUCACCAGCAAGCCUAUGAAUUCCACAUCAGUCAUUUCCACUAUCACAACAAACGCAUCUGCCCACCUAACCUCACAGACUGUGGUAGACCCUGAAGUAGUUAACAUGGAUACUACUGCCCCAUCUCAGGUUGUUAUUUUCACAUCUUCCCUAAGCUCCAGGGUGAGCUCUCUCCCAAAUUCCCAAAUACAUUGCAGUGCAGAGCAGAGGCACCCGGGAAAGACAUCAGUCUACACAUCCCCACUUCCAUUUAUAUUCCACAAUACCACUCCAAGUUUUAACCAACUCUUUGGAAAAGAAGCCACCCCUCAGCCCAAAUUUGAGGCUCCUGAUGGGCAGCAGCAGAAAGCUUCUCUCCCCAGUGCCUGUGUUUUCCUGAGCCUUCCCAUCAUUGCUCCUCCAGACACCUCCACUUUAGUGAACAGAGCCUCUACAGCAUCAUCAUCCAAACCUCCCAUUGAAACCAAUGCUAUGAAUACCACUCCUCCUUCCAAGGCUGUCAUCUUGCAGUCUGCCUCUGUCUCCAAGAAGUACCUCCCAUUUUACCUGGGGCUUCCUGGUUCUGGGAACACACGACCCAGCGGCAACAUUGCCUCAGUCCAAGGCUCCACCAGUUUGCCUGCACAGUCAGUCAGGGCACCAACUACAACUUCCAACCAUCGUUUAAAUCCAGGAGCCACCCCUCAGCCCAAAUUUGGGGCCCCUGAUGGGCCGCAGCAGAAAACCUCUCUCCCCAGUGCCCAUGAUUUUCUGAGCCUUCCUGUCAUGGUUCCUCCAGACACCUCCACUUUAGUGAGCAGUGCCUCUGCAGCAUCAUUAUCCAAGCCUGCCAUUGACACCACUGACAUGAAUACCACCCCUCCUUCCAAACCUGUCAUCUUGCAGUCUACCUUUGUCUCCAGGAAGGAGUACAUCCGAUUUUAUAUGGGGCUUCCUGGUUCUGGGAACACACUACACAGUGACAGCAUUGCCUCAGCCCAAGUCUCCACCAGUUUUCCUGCACAGGCAGACAGGAGACCAACCACAACUUCCAGCCAUCCUUUAAAUACAGGAUCCAUCUCUCAUUCCACACUUGGGGCCACUGAUGGGCAGCAGAAAUCUGACAGCUCUUUUAUUCUGGGGAAUCCAGCAACCCCAGCACCAGUUAUAGGCUUACCGUCUCCUUCAGUCCAGCCACUGAGUGGCAGCAUAAUUCCAUCAGGUUUUGCGGAGUUAACGUCACCAUAUUCUGCAUUGGGCACACCUGUUAAUGCUGAGCCAGCCGAGGGUCACAAUGCAAGUGCUUUCCCCAAUGGCACAGCAAAGACUUCUGGAUUUAGAAUUGCCACUGGGAUGCCUGGCACUGGAGACAGUACCUUACUGAUUGGAAAUACUGUUCCAGGCCCACAAGUGAUUAUGGGACCUGGAACCCCUAUGGAUGGUGGGAGCAUUGGGUUCAGCAUGUCUGCCCCAGGCCCCAGUUCCACAUCAGGAGAACUCAACAUUGGACAAGGACAGAGUGGGAUACCCAGCACCACUUCUGUUUUCCCAUUUGGUCGGGUAGCCUGGGACCCAACUGGCCACAGCAUGGCUGCUGCACCACAAGGGGCUAGCAACAUUCCUGUAUUUGGAUAUACUUCUGCUGCCACCUACAUUCCUGGUUUAGACCCACCUACCCAGAAUUCAUGCAGUGCUAUGGGAGGGGAUGGCACCAAAUCCAUAGUUGGAGGCCCUUGUGUUCCUGCUUUUCAACAGUGCAUCCUGCAGCACACAUGGACAGAGAGAAAAUUCUACACUUCAAGCACCCACCACUAUGGACAAGAAACAUAUGUUAGGAGAUGUGUCUUUCCAACUUCCAUAAGAGCACCUGUGGUUCACCUGACCACACCACAUCAGUUGGGGUUGUAA